GCUUUAUCCAAGGUAUUUACAGACCCCCAAACGCUGGUAGAUACCUAUCUAAACUACGAUUGUGGAUUGAACUCGAACAAUGUGUUUGAGAUUAUGGUGCGAGAUGUGUCCAAGAUCGCUCAGGGCCGACAAGCAAUGGAGUUGGGUGGAGGACUACUGGAGACGCAUGUACAAAGCAUGAAGGUGUGUUAA